CCGGACGUCAAACAGAGACGCACCGGCGUAUUGCAGUGUUGCAGUCAGAUAGGUCCGGGUAAAGUCGGUCAAAGGUCCCGCAGACUGGAGUGGCUUCACCUCUCACGCAUACCGCUCUCUCCCUGAGGAAAGGCCGAGCAGAUUGUAAAGAUGUCCAAGCAGCCGCAGCCGAUCAGCCCGCUGAAGAACUUCUUCGCUGGAGGCUUUGGGGGGGUUUGCCUCGUCUUCGCCGGACACCCACUGGACACGAUCAAGGUGCGUUUACAAACUCAACCAAAACCCAAACCUGGAGAGAGCCUCCUGUAUGCUGGGACCAUAGACUGUUUUAAAAAGACUUUAGCCAAAGAGGUGAAUGUGCAUACUGCUGUAAUCUCUGGCAUUUAUUAGCUAAAAUACUGGCUUUGAUUCCCCACACUGAUGUUUCCUCCUCCUCGUCUUCUUUUACAGGGUAUUAAAGGGCUCUAUAAAGGAAUGGCAGCCCCUAUAAUCGGAGUUACGCCCAUGUUUGCUAUCUGUUUCUUUGGAUUUGGGCUGGGAAAGAAGCUACAACAGAGAAGCCCUGAUGAUAUCCUUACAUAUCCACAGCUGUUUGCUGCAGGGAUGUUGUCCGGUGUGUUCACCACAGCCAUCAUGACUCCUGGAGAGCGCAUCAAAUGUCUCCUACAGAUUCAGGCAUCCACGGGACAGGUGAAGUAUGCAGGACCCAUGGACUGCGUCAAACAGCUGUACAGAGAGAGUGGAAUCAGAGGAAUCUACAAAGGCACGGCUCUGACCCUCAUGAGAGAUGUUCCAGCGAGUGGGAUGUACUUCAUGUCUUAUGAGUGGCUGAAGAACCUCCUCACACCUGCAGGAAAAAGGUUAAUUGCUGUUGAGAUACCAGUUGGUUUGAAAGAGCUGCUGCAGGGAUACACGGUGGAAGUGCUUCGUCGCAGGCCUCCUAACUUGGCUGAGUUUGCUGUGCAGCAUUUUACACGUAUUCUGGAGAGCCAAAAAAACGACCAGCAAACCAAGAAACCCAGCAUUGAACCUGCACAGAAAGAAGUCACUUUUGAAGCAGAUACAGAUGAACCCAGCAAAGAUGACGAAGUGGAAGAGGAGGAAGAGGAGGAAGAGAAGGAAGAGGAGGAAGAGGAGGAAGAGGAGGAACCGGUCCCUGUUAAGCGCUCGUCUGGAAAAACCAUUCGAAGAACUGCAGUUUGUGCAGAGGCGUACAACCCAGAUGAUGAUGAAGAUGAUGACACACAGCCUCGGGUUGUGCAUCCCAAAACAGAUGAGCAGCGUCUCCGGCUUCGGGACGCGUGCAAAGACAUUUUACUGUUUAAGACACUGGAGCAGGAGCAGUUCUCUGAGGUUUUAGACGGCAUGUUUGAGGUUCGGGUCAAACCUCAGGAUCACAUCAUAGACCAAGGAGACGAUGGGGACAACUUCUAUGUCAUAGAGAAAGGUGUUUAUGAUAUUUUUGUGCAGAAAGACGGUGUGAACUUGUGUGUUGGAAAGUAUGACAACAAGGGGAGUUUUGGAGAGCUGGCUCUCAUGUACAACACGCCGCGUGCUGCCACAAUCGUCGCAACGCAGGACGGCGCCCUGUGGGGUCUGGAUCGAGCCACAUUUCACAGGCUGAUUGUGAAAAAUAACGCGAAGAAGAGGAGGAUGUACGAGGCGUUCAUUGAAUGUGUUCCUCUUCUGAAGUCUCUUGAGGUUUCUGAGAGAAUGAAGAUUGUUGAUGUUUUGGGAGCUCGAGCAUUCAAAGAUGGAGACUGCAUAAUUACACAGGGUGAGAAAGCCGAUUGUUUCUACAUUGUGGAAACCGGAGAGGUGAAGAUUAUGAUUAAAAGCAAAACGAAGGCGAGCCAGCAGGAUAACGUAGAAGUGGAAGUGGCUCGCUGCUCCAGAGGGCAGUACUUUGGGGAGCUGGCGCUGGUCACCAACAAACCUCGUGCAGCAUCAGUUUAUGCUGUGGGAGAAACCAAAUGUUUAGUAAUUGACGUCCAGGCUUUUGAGCGUUUGCUGGGACCCUGCAUUGACAUCAUGAAGAGAAACAUCUCCCAGUAUGAAGACCAGCUGGUGGCGUUGUUUGGCUCCAGUGAUGAUUUGAAACAAUAAGACGGAUGUAAAGGAGCAAGUGUUUUAUAAACCAAAAAUAGCGUCAGUGCAUGUGACACAUUUCUCUUCCAUCCAUCCAUCCAUCUCUUCUGGUUAUCCAAUUCAGGGUGGGGUGGGAGCAUGAGCAAUCCAACCCAUCUCACUGCAGUCUGACUGGCUGAUGAUGCAUCAGCAUUUUUUAAAAUUUUUUUUCCUGCGUUGUUCCUGUGUGGGUCUGAUUGACUAAUUUUUACGACACAUCCUAGUAAGAAAACAAAUGUAAAUACAGUGGUCCCUCGCUAUAUCGCGGUUCACUAAAUGUGGCUUCAAUGUAUCACGGAUAUUUUUUUAAAAUAUAUAUAUUACUAAUUCUGUUUCGCGGAGUUUUCACUAUACUGCGGGAUUUUGAGGUAUGUAGGUAUUUAUGUAACACCCCAUAACUGUUCUUCAAUCAGACGAAGAGAUAAUUCACGCCUACGGCUUUAGCGGAAACGGAAUUAACGGCCGAGGGCGAAGAUACUGCACCGCCAUCAGUACUGCACAGAUACAUAAUUCAUCAUCCUCAUCAUUCAAGUUGUAUUAAGGGGGUGGCAAAGGUUUAUAGGGGUGUGGGAAGGGUUGAUAAAGCCUUAAAAUAUAUAAAUAAUAAAAUAAAUAUAUAAUAACUAUAACGCCGCUACUUCGCGGAUUUUCACCUAUCGCGGUGGUCUCUGGAACAUACCCCCCCCCCGCGAUAGGUGAGGGAUCACUGUAAAUACCUGAUGGUAAAUUUGCUGCUUUCUGAACCACUGUUGAUGUUAUUAGUAGCACUGUGUCUUUGCUGUGCCAAGUUAAAAUAUUAGAAGUAAGAGAAAAUUUAUUCUUCUCUAUUUUUUUUUUUUAAAGCUAAAGCUGUUUUCAUGACACUGAAAUAUGUAAUGAGAUUACCAGCUGGACAGUGGUGUUGUACAAGAACUAUGCAUCUGUUUCACUGGCACUUCUUUUUGGCACAGUAAAUAUUAGACAGGAUUGUCGGGAGAGCGAGUGGGGCAUGAUGUGCGGCGGGGGGGCCCUGGGGUAAGGCCACAACACUGAGCCUUGCGGCAUAUGGGCACCUGCUGGUGCCUGGCACUUCAGCUUUUACCCCUCAGCCUAAAAAGGCUGGUGGGGUAUUGUCGUCACUCUGCCGGCCAACUUUCAACUUUGUGAAAACUCGAGAAUGACGUCACCAAGGAUGUUCAAAUUCAUACCAUAGAUGCAUCUGCUAAAAAUCUUGGUAGAGUUAGUUCUUACCAUAAUAAUGCCAAUCACAGAAAGUGGCAGUAUUCUCAAUGGUUUAUAUUGAUUCUGAUUUGAGCAUUUCCUGGUUCUUAUUAGCCAUUUGCUUUUGAAUUGAUAUGGUGAAUAAAAUCACUAAGGAUCACAUACACCCCCCUUCUACUGAGACCCGCUAAUUAUGUGUCCCCCUCAAGAUUCUACUGCAGGGAGGCUGAGGGUUAGCACUGACAGCUGACAGUAACACUUAACUGUGUAAAAUGUUUUUAGAAGUGUUCAGUUCAUGUGAACUUACUGUACUGUUAAAUUGCUGCAGUGACCACAGAAUACUAGUGCAUUUCAAAAAUUUCUAAAUAUAACAAAGUAAAUUUUUUUUGUUUUGCAAAAAAAAAAAAAAAGAUAUUCUUUUACAUAUAAUCUUUAUGACUGUAGCUUUUCGCUGAUGAAAAUCUGAAAUCCAGUAUCCAGCUGGAAGUUUUUCUCCAGUUUUGAUAUUUGAAAUCAAUAUUUGAUGAAACAAUAAUUCUGAUUGAAAAAAAAUACUCAGAAUCAACUGAAAUUUAAAUUGAUCCUUUAGGUACACCACAGUCACUGCAUUUAUUUUAGAUUUAAGCUCCUGCAUCAUAUUUUUUUUAUUUUAAGAGCUCUUUUUUUUUUUUGUAAUCAAGCUCCUCUUUAGUAAAAAUUUUCAUCUGUCCAAGUCAUUUUGUACUAUAUUUAUUUUACUAACCCAAGUUUGUUCUACCUGUAUGUCAUAUAUCCAACCUGUUUCUGGGCAGAACACAUCUUCCAUCUCAUCUCUGGUAGAGAAAGCAUUAAAAUUUCAAAUUUGCCUACAGCUCUCUGAUGUUUUUAAUGGCAUGAAGUAUAAAUAAACCCUUAUUUAAAAAACUCAGAUCUUCAGUAUUAAGGGAAAAUAAAACAGUGCAACCAAACUGGGAAAUAAAAACAAAACAAAACAAAAAAAAAAAACACUCCACAGACCAUGAAAAAAUAAAUGAUAUCCAUCUUAGAUAUCCAGGUUUUCUGGAGUUUAUUUGAGUUACAAAAUAUGAAGUGCCAUCAGCAGACUCCACUCACAAGAGCUUGCCAACCUUCUUCUGUUACAAGUAUUUACACCCAAAAAUUAAAGAUCUGUCCAUCUACAUUUCCACCCUCUGUGUUCUGGUAUGUCCCAGAGUCCAAGUCUCUCUGGAAGGCUGUCCGAGCUGUGUUCAUGUUUUUUUUUUUUAAUUCCUUUUAAAUAUUUAAAAUAUUUACAAAGUCCUGCUUUCAAAAACUCCCAAAUUAAACUGUAGCUUGUUCAAUGCAAAGGCAGGUGACAGAGGGGUAAACUGCUUCAGUAGUGUGAGAAAAUGAGCAGAGCUGGUGGAGUUAAGGGAGCUGUUAAAUGAGUCUUCUACAGGUUCUCCAAAGUUUUACAAGUUAAUCCUCCUUCCUCUAAAGAAAAGCCUGGGCGAGGAAGUCUGUACAUAAUUAAAAAUUACACGCUGAAAUGUCUGUUCUGCCGUUGAGGUACGUCAGCUUCAACGAUCCUCGUUUGUGAACCAAUGAAUGACAAUCAAUAAAAAGACAGAUGAACGAAA